CUAGUAUCUGUUAGGAAAUCGAUAUUGAUGUUCCGGCCGGACCGCCGAUGAUGUCUCCGGUGAUCAGCGAAGUACUCCUCUCAGGAUUGACCAUCUCCUCCACCCUCCGCCGCCGCACCCACCUGGUCCAAUCCUUCUCCGUCGCCUUCCUCCACUGGUUCUACGUCUUCUCAUGAACAACCUCGAUCAGCUCCCCUAAUCAUCACCAAAUUAAACCCUAGCCUUUUUAUUUCAUAUUUUCUCCAUCUUAAUUCAAUUAUUAGUACAGCAUAGCUAGCAUAUAUAAUAAAUUGAUUAUAAGAAACAGUAGCAUGGCUUGUUCUAGCGGAACUUGUUCAGGAUCAAGCGUGAAAUCGCAAGAAGAUUCGCAGAUGAUGAUGAUGAUGGAUCAGAGGAAGCGCAAACGCAUGAUAUCGAACCGGGAAUCGGCGAGGCGGUCGAGGAUGAAGAAGCAGAAGCUUCUGGAUGAACUAACGGCCCAGGUGAGUCAACUCGAGGCGGAAAACACCCAUAUCCUGGCCAAUCUCGACGUGGUGACUCGGCUUCGCCUGGAAGUGGAGGCCCAAAACUCGGUCCUCAUGGCUCAGGUGGCGGAGCUCAACCACCGCCUCCGCUCCCUCAACCAGAUCCUAAGCAAUAUGAGUCCCACCAAUAGUUCAACUUGGGAUGAUGAUGAUGAUGAUGAUUUCUUCAACCCAUGGAAUAUCAUCCCUCUCAUAGCUUCUCCUAAUGCUAUGGUUGAAUACUAAUCGCGGUUUAAAUUAUGUUCUACAUCGAAUGCAAGUGUUAAACUAGAAUGUUUAAUUUGUACCAUGUCAAUUGUUUUUAUCUUUUUUUUUUUAUGUAUAAUAAAACAACUUAUAAGCUUAUUUAUUAU